AUGAACAAUAAUAGCUUCGAUCGUGAGAAACGAAACGGUGACGGUGCUUUCGGUGGUGACCUCACCGGACUCGAUCUGUCGACGAGACAGGUGGUGGCCAGCGUUGAAAUUGAUGAAGAACAUCAACGCCGUCUCGAAGAACGUCGGAAAUGCAGUUACCUCAUCGACGACCUCCUCAAGAAGGACAUAAUCUCUUCGAGCACGGAGCGUACGAACGGCUCAUCGACGGACCAGCCGCGUUCUGGAGCAGCUCAAUCGCUAAUAUGUUUCCUUUUUUUCCGCUUGCUUACAGAGAGCGAUUCGGAUCUGGACGCGCGUCAGAGAAGAUGUCGCACCAAUUUCAACGCCUGGCAACUGGAGGAGCUCGAGAAAGCCUUCCAGAUCUCCCAUUAUCCCGACGUAUUCCUCCGCGAGGCCCUAGCGUUAAGGCUCGAUCUCUCCGAGUCGAGGAUUCAGGUGUGGUUCCAGAAUAGGAGAGCGAAGUGGAGACGGAAAGAAAACACAAAGAAGGGUCCCGGUCGGCCCGCGCACAAUGCCCAUCCUCAGUCGUGUUCAGGAGAACCCAUUCCACCUGCGGAGAUCGAACGUCGAGAGAAGGAUAAGAAAGAGAAGAAACUUAGAAAGCAGUUGGAUCGCCAAUUGAAGAGACUGCAGCUAGCUCAGACGAAACCUAAUUCGAAUCUAGCUGCUCUCGGCGAAGGCAUUGUGAACGUUCUCCGCCAACUCUAUCUAGAAGAUGCUUGUCAAGGUCUCGAGAAACUCCCUGAAUCGCUCCGCGGAGGACUCGGACACUUCGGAAUUGAUCUCCCUUCUCUGCAACUCCGAUUCCAGAUUGAAACCUUCCGUUCUGCGACAGCGAGUAUGUCAGUCGCCAGCUCCCCGUGGGAAGAGGCUCGUGAAAACCCUACGACAACUCCUUUUUCCAUAGAAGCCAUUCUCCGUGACAAUCCGAGGUAG